AUGCUUGGGGUUCCUAUUUCACAGGUUCGAAACUUUGGUUCUAUUCAAUAUUUUGGGGUGCACACAUUGCUAUAUUUGCAGUACAUACAGGCGUCGAACUCGAAGCUAGACGCUCUCAAUACCCUGCAAUAUUCGGUUUGGAUUUCCAGAGGUGCUGGUCUAGUACUAACGGCCGAUGGAGCUCUCAUUCUUCUGCCGAUGUGCAGGAACAUCAUCAAAUGUAUCAGACCGAGGAUACGAUGGCUACCUUUGGAUGAGACUGUAUGGUUUCAUCGUCAGGUAGCAUAUUCUUUGCUUGUUUUUACAGCCGUCCACACGGCGUCACACUAUGUCAACUUUUACAACGUGGAAAAGCAUCAAAUUCGGCCGGGGACGGCAGUCCAAAUACACUUCACCCAAGCAGGUGGAAUAACCGGCCAUAUUAUGUUACUCUGCAUGAUGCUGAUGUAUACCACCGCGCACAAUCGAAUUCGCCAACAGUCGUUUGAAACGUUCUGGUACACGCAUCAUCUGUUUGUACCAUUCAUGCUGGCUCUUUAUACCCAUGCCACUGGUUGUUUCGUUCGAGACACGACCGACCCGAUUUCGCCUUUCGCCGGUCAAAGAUUUUGGGACCACUGUCUUGGCUACGAGGGAUGGCGAUGGGAGCUAGUAGGAGGUGGACUUUACCUUUUCGAAAGACUCUAUCGCGAAAUUCGAGCUAGGCGACAAACCGUGAUUACCAAGGUGAUCCGUCAUCCAUAUGAUGCAAUGGAGAUCCAGUUUCAGAAAGACGGCUUGAGUUAUAAAGCAGGCCAGUGGCUUUUUAUCCAAGUACCCGAGGUGUCCAGCACGCAAUGGCACCCUUUCACAAUAACCUCCUGCCCCUUCGACCCAUAUGUCAGCGUACACGUUCGUCAGGUCGGAGACUUCACUCGUGCCUUGGGAGAUGCCCUAGGUUGCGGACCAGCCCAGGCUCGAGACUUAGAAGGACUUGACCCGCUAGGCAUGUAUGAGGUGGCUCUCCAGAAUGGACAAAAGAUGCCCAACCUCCGGGUCGACGGGCCCUACGGAGCGCCCGCCGAAGACGUCUUCGAGAAUGAAAUUGCAGUCCUCAUCGGAACUGGCAUCGGCGUCACACCCUGGGCCUCCAUCUUAAAAAACAUCUGGCACCUCCGAUCUGGCCCUAACCCUCCUCGUCGUCUCCGUCGUGUCGAGUUCAUCUGGGUCUGCAAAGACACCUCUUCGUUCGAAUGGUUCCAAGCCCUUCUGUCGUCUCUAGAAUCCCAAUCCGCCUCCGCAGCCGCUAGCGAAGGCCGUGCUGAAUUCUUGCGCAUCCACACUUACCUCACGCAACGUCUUGACGAAGAUACCGCCGCCAACAUUUACCUGAACUCAGUCGGCCAGGACCUCGACCCUCUCACCGAACUACGCAGUCGCACCAACUUCGGCCGUCCCGACUUCAAGCGUCUCUUCACGGCCAUGCGAGAUGGUCUCCAAGACCAGACCUACUUGUCAGGCUUGUACGGGACCUUGAACCGGCGCACCGAAAUCGGAGUAUACUUCUGUGGUCCGAAUUCAGCGGCUCGACAGAUUCGAGAGGCCGCCGUGACGACGUCUACUAAGGAUAUCAAGUUCAAGUUCUGGAAGGAACACUUCUAA